AUGUCCGUUCAAGAUCAAGCAAAAUCCUACGCAUACAAAGGCCUCGCAGUCGGAAAGCAGGCUGCUCUCUCGGGCACCUACCUCUAUCCUCUUCGCGGAAUUGUCUACCUCGCCUCCUCCCCCUCCCUCUACAAACCACUCCUCCAAACCCUCGCCCCGCGCCUCGCAAUUGCCUUCACCACCGCCGUCUUCCUCUUCCUCUUCACCUACCUCCCCCAAGCCACAAUCCUCACCCUCUUCUCCGGACCCCUCGGUUUCGCAAGUGCGAUUCCAUUGGUGUUGAGUGAAGCUGGGUUUCUUACGAACGUUAUUGUCAGGAUCGUUGGUGUGGGAGAGGGUGCGAUCGAUGAGGUUUUCGAUAAAGUGUUGAUUGCCGAGGGAAUGGGAAACCUCGUGCAGUCAUCCUCCGCCGCACAGAGCAGCAAGCGCCGUUUUCUGCCCAAGGUUUCACUCUCGAAGGAAGGAUUGGUUCGCUACCUCAUCUCCCUCCCCCUCAACCUCCUCCCCAUCCUCGGUACCCCCCUCUUCUUCCUGCUCAACGGCACCAAGCUCGCAGAAUCCCUCCACGCACGCUACUUUUCCUAUAAAUCUCUUUCGGGCGAGCAACAGCACGAGUUCGUAAAGGAGAGGUAUGGAGAGUAUACCGCGUUUGGGGUUGUUGGUGUUGCGUUGGGAAUGGUUCCUGUUGUGGGAACGUUAGCGGCUUGGACGAAUGCUGUUGGUGCUGCGCUUUGGGCGAGGGACUUGGAGAGGAAGGGGGCGAGUGCUAAGAAGGCUGAGUGAUUGCUGCUGUUAUGAGAUGAACCAUGAACAAUGAAGGAUGGAGAGUAUGAUUGAGGGCGCGCUUGGUCGCCGUUUUUAGGAUACGAUAGGAAUACCUGGUAUGCGUGCUCUGU